AUGGAGCCGGCAAUUGACUGGAUCGCAAACAUCUGGUCACGGAAAACAUCACCAAAGCUACAAGUUUUCCUAUGGAAACUGGCCAAUGGGGCUCUAGCUCUAGGGUCCAGCCUAAGCUCUCGAGGCCUUGCGAUAGCUUCGAACUGCCAGUUCUGUGGAGAGCCAGAAACGUGUGACCACCUCCUGUUCCACUGUGCUUUUGCUAAAGAGAUAUGGAGUCUGGCUCCGUUCAAAGACCAACUUGAUUCUCAUCAGGUGCAGACCUUCGCAGAAGCCCUGAAAUCUUCCUUCAAAUGGAAAGUCCUCCCUCCAAUUGGCGUAGAAGCGGGUUCGUUGUUCCCCUGGAUUUGCUGGGCAAUUUGGGGAGCUAGAAACCGCAGAAUCUUUGAGAAUAGAACCUGUGAGAGGUUCGACGCUAUCACUAAAGCAAUUGCAGAUGCGCGGGAAUGGAAAGCAGCACAACCGGAGAAAGCGAGUAAGAAGACAAUGCUUCCACAAGCCCCAACCUCGUCCGAUCACCCCAACCUCAUCACGAUUUUCUCAGACGCGGCCUGGUCAAAAGAGUCGAAAAUCUCGGGAUUAGGAUGGAUAGCAGAGGAUCAAAGUAAGAUAGUGGUAAAUCAAGGAGGAAAAGCGGAAAACCUAGUAACCUCAUUGAUCGUUGCAGAAGGGAUAGCCAUCAGAGAAGCUCUGAUCCAGGCAAGAUAA